CCAGCAUCCAACAACCCGCCAGGGCUCACAGGUGUCGCGCUCUGGGCGACUGCAAGGUCACGAAUGCGCUGCAAAGGGUCUAACGUUCCGGUCAACACGGGUGGAGGCUCUGGGGCAGACCGACCACCGCCAGUGGUUGUCGGAACAGGGGUCAGCGAUGAAUCGGACACCGCAACGGGGACCUCCUCGGUAUUUACAGAUGCCGUAGCUGCCGCCAAGGCUCAGCAGGAGGCAGCAGAGGCAGAACGUCAGCGGCUGGCCAAUGAGGCGGCAACCCAAGCUCAGCAGACUGCUGAGGCUGACGCAGCGGCACAAGACCAACGGAAUGCCGCCAGUACGGAGUCCCUGAUUCAUAGUGAAAGUCAGUGGACAUCGUUCCUCCAAGGCAUGAUCGUUGUGCCUUCGGACGCGCAGGCAGAUCCGACACUGGCGGAGGCAGAGAGGACUCACCUGGCUAACUUGAUGUUGGGCAUGAUGAGAGGCAUCAUGUGGAGUAACACACUGUUGCAGGCACAUCUGCGCACGAAACGACAGCAGCGACAAAAGUACCAGCAAGACAUUGUUGUUUUAACAACUGCCAUCCGCGCCGAAGCAACGCAGCAGCAUCAGCUGUUGAACUCCGCUCUCGCACGCAUCAACAGCAUUGAGGCUAACGCCUCAACAGCGCCAGGCUGCACGACAGACGUGACGAAGCAACUCAAUGAGCGCAUCGAUCACGUCGUCACCAUCAUCGGUGACAUUGGUGUUUUCAAUGGGCCGGACACGAUCAGUAGCAUGGUGGCCGCCAUCAAGAUGGACAUCACCAAGCUGCAGACGAGACCGGACGCCGCUACAAAGACUUACAAGAUGCCGCACUUCGACAUCAGCAAGUUCGACGACUACAACAAGUCGGACGCAUUGACAUGUUGGCAACGUUUCCUCACGGAAGCAUCAUGCCGCACUGUCCCAGCAGACGACAUGAUGAAGGCACUCUACUUGCAACUAAUUGGAGGAGCGCAGGCUUGGAUGAACCAUCUGGCGGCUAUCAACAAAUGCACCAUCGCCGAACUCCACACGCACAUCACGUGGACAGAGUUCAAGAAGCUAUAGUUCACCCGGUUCGUGGUCCGCAAUGUCGUGAAGGCGGCCAUGAACG